AUGCCAGAACAGACGAGCAGAACCAGCCAGCUGAAGAUCCAAGCUUGCUUGUUGCUGGUGGUGUGGCCAUGGGCACAGCCAGCCCUGGGGACGUCCUGCCAGGAUGGGGAGCUGAGAAUCAUCAGUAAAGACAAAGAGAAAUGCUGCCCCAAAUGCAUCUCUGCUGCAGGAGGCAACAGCCCAUGCAAGGAUAUUGAGGACCACGACUGCAAGUGUCCUGAGGGCUCCAGCUGCACUGACAACAUGUGUCUCUACUGUGUCAAGCUGCCUGAAUGUGCAGCAGGCGAGGAGCUGGUGAGGCUUGGUGUGGUGGACUUCAAAUUCCAGUGUAAACCAUGUGAGAUAGGAACCUACUCCAACGUGAAGAAUGGCUGGUGCCGAAACUGGACUGACUGUGAAAGUUCUGGGCUUCUGACAAUCAAGCCAGGCAACAGCACACACAAUGCAGUGUGUGGUUGCCCCACUGAAGCCAUGGAGCAAGCUCCUAUCAGAAAUGACUCUCUCUCCACCACCAUCCUGGCCAUCCUUACUGCAGUGGCUGUAUUUGUGCUCAUCUUGCUGACCUUCUUCUUGCAUUUGUGCAUAUGGUCACUGAAGAAAGAAAAACACUUCACCCCUGAUGAUCUGGAACAUAACUUCCCUAGGCUGCUGGGGGCUCCACAACCAUCACACCAUAGAGAAGAGACUGACAGCUGCCAGUUUCCAGAAGAAGAACAUGGAGACAAAACCCCAGAAGAAAAGUCUUGCUAUUUCUACCCUCAGAGUGCCCAGUGA